ACGCCGGACGUCGCCGUCUCGCGACGUCUGUAACGGAACCAGUGGUGAAAAUUCGGCCGGUAUUCGGUUUUCCUUGCCCCGAACUAAGUCAAAAUUCGUUAAUGAAAAGUUUUAAAGUAGUUUUCGGUUGAUAAAUAAACAUUUCUUGAAUUAUUUGAUCGCGUGCGUUGGUGGGUGAAGUUUUGACAACAUUCAGUGACUAGUUUUUGAUAAAUAUUAUUGUUAAAUGGUUUAAGAAACUUUGAUUGGUGAUGCUACAGAGUUUAAGAAGGAAUGAAUGCUGACAAUUCAGAUUUGACAGAAAUACAUUCAAAAAGAGUGAAGACCGCUACAUUAUUUAUCUGUAUUAAGACGCCAUUUUUAUGCCACAUCACGAAUUUGGAGCUGUUGAAUGAACUUGAAUCAAUGAAUGGACAUUUAAAAGUUUGAUCAGUGGUGUAGAUAUUUUUGACCAGUUGGCUGGCGUUAUUGGGCCUAAUGGAAAGUCCUGUUGAAAAUGAGCAACUACAGAAAUUAUUAUGAUUCUUCAUAUGGAAAGUCAAGACCAGAUUCAGUUUCCAAGAACUUAUCAGACACCAGAUCUACCCCAUCUCGAAUUGCUCAAAGGUAUGGAGGAGGUUACACAAGUUCUUUAUCGACAUCUAGAGAUACAGGCAGAGGACUUAAAACUGAUCCUCAUCCACCAGUCUCCUACAAAUCUCCAUUGUCUCGAUCUGGAACACGUUCCAGAGACCCAAGUCCGUCCCUGGAAAAAGUGGAAAGAACAACGCCAUCGACUAGCUCAAGUUACUUGAACCCAAACAGACUGUACCCCAGACAGUACACUAGAUCCAGUACUAGCAGAGAGAGUACGGUAUCUCCUACAGGAAGUGUGAGCAAUUUACCAAGACUAGGAAAACGAGAUGAUAGUACAAAUAUAGUUUCAAAGUAUGGAGGUAGAACACCAUUAUCAAAAGACUCCUCAAGUCGAAGUUCUAGCGUGUCUAAAGAAGAAAGUAUUUCGUCAAAGUACAAAAGUUCCAGGGAAGAUUUGUCAUCAGGGUCACAGAAAUAUCUGAAUAGUAGGUUUCUGCCUAAAAAUUCGGUAGAAAGGAGUUAUACAGCAUAUACUAGACCUUCAACGGUUAGGACACAUGAAGUUUCGAGAAAAAAUAAAGAGUUACUUAGUGUUUUACACGCCCAACAAGAACAAGAGAAAAUGUCCAGUAGACCAGCAAGCAGAUGUUCAUCGGUUGCUCCAGAAGAAGUUCAAAAAAUCAAAAAGAAAUCACCUGAAAAAGAAAAAGUAAUAAAGAAAGUGGAAAUGAUUACUCUCAAAGUUUGUACUAGAGGAACCUCACCUACGUUAGGUAGUGCAACUCAACCUAGUUUCCUCAGGAGUAGAAGAAUUGAGUUAGCAAAAACUAUCGAAAAAACUGUAACUAGGCCAAAAACGGUUAGUGAAAAUAUGGUGGAUAAAGGAAUUCAAUCGGAUAGGCUGGAUGAUUCCACAAAGUCAAGUCGAUUUGCUGGAUCAUCAAGAAUCAACUCUACACCUUGGUCUAGUUUCUUGGAUAUGAAAUUUUCAAGUCCUAGCACCAAAAAGACUGAAAAAACUAAAGCAGAUUCGACUGACAGCCCAAAAAGUUUAUCAAGAACGAGUUCAACAAAAAGCAUUUCUUCCGAUAAAGAUUCGAAAAAAUCCUCCAAAUCGAAAUUGACACCUCCGAAACAAUUGAACGAUAAAAAGCAACUGCCACCUCCGAUUCCCAAGUCAGAAACAUCUACCAAAGGUACUUUACAUUCCCUAAAUACUCCUAAUAAAGAUUUCCGAAAGUCAGUAUUGAAUAUGAAUCCUGACGGAUCCAAAAAACGAUUGGGUCGACGAAGUAAUUCGGCUAGUUCGGCAGAUUCGGAUAAUGCUGAUCCAGAUGCGACUGAUGUAUCAGAAAACCUAACUAGUUGUAAGUCGUACCACAAGAGCAGUUCCAGCUCGAAGUUACCACAGAAAUGUUCGACGGACAAACAAAGAGGUAGGAGAUCGCCGAGCUCUGAUGUCAGUGUUAGCAGCACUACUGGACCUAGUUCCAGCGAGGAUGAUAUAAAGAGGGGCAAAACUAAGAGUGCUGGGUCGUCCAGAACAUCGGUAACUGAAGAUUUUUCUACUGAUAAAUCUUCUAAAGAACAAAGUAAAUCUAAGCAGAAGAUGGAUGGAACCAGGAAUGAAGCAGACGCGAAAAACUUCUUAAUGAGAGCUCUAGCGCCUGUAACGAAUUUGUUCAAAGCUAACAGACAAAGCCAAAGUAAUUUAGAAAUUGCAAAUGAUAACCAAACUGAAAAUUCGGAAAAUCCCGACAAAGUAGUGUGGAUUUUAGAUCCUAGUUCGGACAGUGUUAGCGAAAAACCUAGUUAUAGCUUACAGUCUGUAAAUUCAGAGCCAAAAAGUGCAAAGAUCGUAUUACGUAGAGUUGAGUGCGCUGACCAGAGCGGAUGGUGGGGAGAUAAUUCUGAAACACCAUCUGAAAACAGUCAAAUAAAGCAGAUAAGUGAACCCGUUAAUUUAAAAUACAGAGAACCUGAAAAAUUAUUUAACCAAAAACCGGUUACGAUGAAGCAAAAUUCGUCCGGUGAAGCUCCUUGGUGGUUAGAUCCCAAUCAAUCUGCUCCUGAAGGUGUUCAAACGUACCCUGAGAACGUAAACUACAAAGUUAAGCAUGCAGAUUCGGGAGAUUCAAACUGGUGCUUAGAUGAAAACUCUGCUACAUCAGAAAGUAUACCGGCUUACCCUAACUGGAAACCACAAGAACCGGGGCAAAUAUACAGUCAACAAUACGAUCAAAAUCAAUGCAGGUCGAAACCUCCAAUUAGACACAUUCAUUCUGGAGAGUCUGCGUGGUGGUUGGAAGAAAACCAAUCCAAUGCUCCUGAAGGUGUGUUUGUUUACCCAUCUCAAACUCAAGAAAUGCUGGAUAACCAGCCACAAAAUCGCUUGAAUCAAGCGAAAAUCAGACCGGUAGAGAGUGGAGAAGUUGCUUGGUGGAUUAAAAAAGACGGUACACCCCCUGAAGGGAUAAAAACUUGGUCGCCAUCACCAAACCAAGAACAAAACGACAAUCAAAAAACAAAAAUGCGUCCUGUUGAUAGUGGCGAAGCUCCAUGGUGGUUAAAUAAAGAAGCCACGCCUCCGGAAGGUGUCCAAACUUAUCCCAACUGGGUUCCGGAUCCAUCCAGCUCUUCUAAGUUAUCCAGAAACGAUUCGGAGAAUUCUAAUUGGUGGCAGGACAGUAGUAAAUCUGAGGGACAAACAGCGAGUAGUAACGAACAAAAAACUUUCGGAGGAGGCUUAGAUUUUCACGAAAAGCACAAACUAAGACAUAUAGAUUCUGGUGAGAGAGCUUGGUGGUUAAAUGAUGACGAUACGCAGCAAUCGGAAAUAGUUCAAGAAGUGCAACCGAAGACAAAAACAAUGAUUCGGCAUCAAGAGUCAGGUGAAAAACCUUGGUGGCUAGGGGAGGAGAAUCAUGAAGAAUCAUACGAAAGUCAGGAGAUACCUUUGGGGGAUAGAGCCAGUCCAGAAGGGUUAGAAAUGCCGAAAGAUGACGAGGGAAGGAAUAGUCCAUAUGAUAAUGUUCCUGGAUUACAGGAAUCGGCAAAGCAACCGUCGCAAUCGAUGUUUAUUUCAAAGCACAGGAAUAUCGAUGAGUUGCUGGGUGGAAUGGGACAAUUGUGGGGGACUUUUACUAGUAAUUUCUUCGGGUACGAUGAUGAAGGUGAAAAAUAUAAGAAAAUAGACGCUAAGGAAGUCAUCAUACAUGAAGGCAGUGGGAAACAAAACGAAAGAAGUUCUCCAUACAAGAAGUUGGAUGAUGCAGCACUCCAGCUGUACAAAGAUGGCGACUACGGCUCUUAUCUUGACCUUGAAGCUUCCAUCUCGGAACAACAAGAAGAAUUUGAAGGAUUUGAAUUAAACAAGAAAAACUCGAUAGUACUACGAACUCAACUUUCAGUACGGGUCCACACGAUAAUAGAAAAAUUAUUGACAUCCGAAGGAAGAGAACUCAGAAGGGCCCUGUUCUCCCUGAAACAAAUCUUUCAAGAAGACAAAGAUCUCGUCCACGAAUUUGUCCAGAACGAUGGCCUGUCCUGUCUCAUUAAGGUCGGAUCCGAGGCGGAUCAGAACUACCAGAACUACAUACUCAGAGCCUUGGGACAGGUGAUGCUCUACGUAGACGGCAUGAAUGGUGUCAUGGAACAUAACCAAACGAUUCAGUGGCUGUACAGUUUGAUAUCAUCCAAAUUUCGCCUAGUAGUGAAAACCGCAUUGAAGUUACUGCUAGUUUUCGUUGAAUAUACAGAUUCGAACUGUAUGCUUCUUGUGAAAGCCAUUCAUACGGUGGAUUAUACUCAAGGAUUAUUUCCCUACCACAACAUCAUGAAACUUCUUAAGGAUUUUGAUUCUGCCGAUACAGAGUUACUAAUCUAUGCCACCACUUUAAUAAAUAAGAUUUUGAAUGCUGUGCCUGACCAAGAUACGUACUACGAUCAAGUGGAUGCUCUGGAAGAACAGGGUAUCGAGUCUAUUAUCCAAAGAUACAUGUCGAAACCUGGCACUGAUUUGGACUUGUUGCAACAAUUCCAAAUAUACGAGGCUGUGUUACAGUUUGAGGAUGGUGAAGAGAAAGGUGGAUGUACUCCUAUUAGACACUUAGAUGAAAACAUCAGAAAAACUUUACGGUCAAGGAAAUCUAUGACCGAUAAUUCGGAAAGACGAAAAAGCAGAAGACAUUCGACUGGCACUGCUCCUCUAUACGGUGGCCUCAUUCCUAGAAACAAUAACCACAUCUUGCCAGAAGACUUCGACGAAUCGUCUAGCUCCAACUCCGGCUUGAACUCAUCGCAAUGGAACGGAAGCUAUAAAGAUAGUAACAAAGCUAACGACGCAGGCGUCACCCCCGCUUUGAAGCGGCGCCGCGAGAGGGCCGAGCGGCAGCGCAGCUUUAUGCGCGAACAGCAGGAAACGGCCGCUUUGCUUAAGAGUGUGCAGGCGCAUCAACAGCAAAAUAACAACGAGGAGAACAACAUUAACGUGCUUGCAGGAAACUAUACGAACGCGCUGCAGCAGCGCCUGUCCAACGGCAACAAGAUCUCGAACCGGAAGGACAUGACGCCGUACCUGAACGCGAUGAACAAGAUGGACUCGGAGGAGAAGCAGCCGUGGAUCAUGUCGAUGAUCCAGAGUCAGGAGGGGUUGCAGGAGUCGGACAUAGCGAAUGAGAACGAUAGGAAUAUUCUUUUGCAGUUGAAGAAAGAUAAUACCAUUAAAGAUAUUACCCAAAAACUAGCAAACCAAUCCAUAGUCCAAAGCCCCACCGAAGAGAUGAAAGUGAACCGACUAGGCGACAUGAGCGGCCUGAUCUCCAAAGCGAAAGAAGGCCUGGCCAAGUCCAAAUCCAAAGCCGACGUCCUUAAAAACCCAACCAGCGAGAACAUUUUGAAAAUCGAACCGAAAAAAUCCGAAAACGAACUGCGAUGGGAGGAACUAGUGGCCAACCUCAACAGGCCGCUGAACCUCUGCGACAUGGACUUCACCGAUCUAGUGAGCGACGACGAGACCGACGUGUUGGCACCGGCUACGCCACUGAACGGGAUACCGCCGCCUCCCCCUCCGCCUAUGGGCGGUAGAAUGCCCGGGGUACCACCUCCGGUUCCCUCAGCUCCUUUGUUCGCGCCUCCCGUCCCAAACGCACCCUUGUUUGCUCCAAAAAGUAACAGUUCGAAGAAUGGCGAUACUAGAAUACCAGUAAAGAAAAACAAGAAGACGGUGAAGCUGUUCUGGAAAGAAGUACGGGACGACCCCAUCAGUCAUUCCAAACUGAAAACUGGCUACAUUUGGGAUGAACUAAGUGCAGUGACGGUAGAUACUCAAAAACUGGAACACCUGUUCGAAUCACGGGCCAAAGAUUUAAUUUCUAAGAAACAGCAAGAGUUGAACAAGAACAAAGAAAUCAUCGUGUUGGAUCCCAAGAGAUCGAACGCGAUCAAUAUCGGAAUGACGAAGUUGCCUCCUCCCAGAUCAAUUAAAACGGCCAUUUUGAAAAUGGACGCUACCAUUAUGAACAGGGAAGGCAUAGAGAAGUUACUAACGAUGCUACCAACGGAAGAAGAGAGAACAAAGAUACAAGAAGCCCAAGCUGCAAACCCCGACCUGCCUCUAGGAAGCGCCGAACAAUUUCUACUAACAUUGGCAUCGAUCUCAGAACUACCUGCCAGAUUGAAAUUGUGGGCGUUCAAGUUGGACUUCGAAAACUCCGAACGGGAAAUAGCCGAACCUUUGAUGGACCUGAAGCAGGGCUUCGAGGUUCUUAAGAUUAACAAGACCUUCAGGGCGAUACUCAGCACUCUGCUCUCCGUCGGAAAUUUCUUGAACGGCAACGAGGUGAAAGGGUUCCAGAUAGAGUACCUUACCAAAGUACCUGAGGUGAAAGAUACCGUUCACAAACAUUCGUUGCUUCAUCAUCUUUGUCACAUCGUUAUGGAGAAGUUCCCCGAAGCUACGGAUUUGUAUUCUGAGGUUAGUUAAUUUAGAGAUUUUUCUCUGAUU